AUGAGGGCAAUGAAAGCUAUCAACAUGAACCGAGUGAUGGACUCCUUGAAGCGCAAGACAACUUCUACUUCUAAUCCUGUUGAUCAGGGCGAAGAUACUCCCGAAGCAAUAGCUCUUCACAAUAUUAUACUCUUCUGCGAGUCAAGUGGUCCUGAUGGAGUGGGUGAUGAGUUUUUAUACCUACCCAACAUUGUUGAUGCUUGCGAAUCUUCGCCCUUGGCCGCUAAGGAAGCUGCUCAUCUUAUCCGAAAAUUUCUCACCAGAGAUUAUAGCAAUAAACCUCAUUUUCAGUUCAGUAGUAUCAUGCUCAUUCGUAUCCUAGUUGACAACCCUGGACAUACUUUCACCAGAAACAUCGAUGCAAAGUUUGUGCAGACCUUGAAGAUACUUUUAAGAACAACCAGUGAUCCGAAUGUUGUGCAUAUUCUAUCGGAAACUCUUAAUAAGUUUGAAAGAGAGAAAACUGACGACGAGAACUUAGAAUUAUUACUUGAAAUGUGGAAAAAAGAACAAGGAAAACUUAUUAGAAGGCAGGUUCCGUCUAAGGAAUCAAAUAUUCCAUUUAUUCCAGGAUAUUCAAGUAAACAAGACAGCUUCCCUCGAAAUUACCACGAUACAGGCCUGCCUCCUGUACAAGAACUAUCUGCCCGAAUAGAGGAAGCCCGCACUUCUGCGACACUUUUAACACAAGUAGUACGCACAGUUUCUAGUGCUGAGAUAUUAUCCGAUGAGCUAGCCCGAGAGCUUGCAGCAGGUUGCCAGAGUGCGAGUCGUAGUAUCCAAGCAUUUAUUGCGGCCGUAAAUCCCGCACCAGACAACGCAACCAUGGAAACAUUAAUAGAGGUCAAUGAACUCUUAAGUAAAUCGCUGAGCCUCUACCAGCGUGGUAUCUUAAAUGCGAGAAAAUAUCAAGAGAUCAGGCCCUUUACACCAACAGGACAUGAGACUACAUCUAAAGGUUCUUUGAAGUCAGGCUCAAGCACACCAGAGAACCCUUUCGCAGAUGUGAAUGAGGAAAAAAAGAAGCAUUACGAAGAAAUUUUACCCUCUGGCUCAGGGUUCAACAUUGAAAAGCCAGGUGAUAUUUCGGGCCACCAUAUAAGUCCAGAGAAAAGAUACAAUUCGUAUGGUCAAAAGGACGAUCAUUCAAUGAUGAAUGAUAACUUGCUUGAUGAGACGAAAGACCAUGCAUCAAAUCAAACUCCCAAGAGACCAGUUUAUAGGUACUAA